AUGUCCCAUGUUCGCGAAGGGUUGGAUCCAGUAUUCAUCGUGUUUGCGAUGGUUAUGCCACGUUCGCGUAGUGUAAAGGUGAGCAGCUGGGAUCCUGGAGAGUUGUGCUUCGCGUUCCGACAAUCACGAGAGGGGUCUCCUGACAGAUCUGAAUCGAAUGAAAAUGAUAGACUUGCAAAUGAUCAAGCUAUCGAUGAAGCUCUGAAGAAAUUAAUCGCUCAACAGAAACAGCUCAAAGAGCAGAGCGACCGCAUAGAGCAAAUACCUGGAGUGCCACCUAUAAUCAAAGGAAUAGAUAUGGACAAAUACUUACAACAACCUUGGAAGACAAGUGUUGCUCCUCUACCAAUUCUAAAGAAAUUCAAGAUGCCUGAUAUUCCGAAAUAUGAUGGAACAACUUAUCCACGAGAUCACGUAACUGCAUUCACAACUGGAGUAAAAGGCAACGACUUGACCAAAACUGCCAUAAAGUCACAAGUUUUAGCAGAUUUCGUGGAAGAUUUUAGUCAAGGGAUACAGUUAGAAGCAGAAAAACAACUGCAGAUAUUGAACGGAUCUAAUCCAGGUACAUGGAUCUUAUUUACUGACGGUUCAUCAAAUGUAAAAGGAGCAGGUUUAGAGUUGACACGAGAGCUCAGAAUAGAGCACGUAGUAAUCAAAAGCUACUCGCAGCUUGUUGUUAACCAGAUGCAUGGGACUUAUACAGCCAGAGAGGUGAGGAUGGAGCAAUACCUGGAAAAGGAUUGGGAUUUGUACUUGAUCAAGACAAAUUACAAUAAUCUAACUUGGGAUUGGAGGAACGAGAUUGUCAAUUUUUUGCAACAUGGAAUUUCAUAUAAGGAUAAGAAAAAAGCUCAAGCACUUCGCAAAAAAGAUGCUCGCUAUUGUUUAAAUCAAGGCAAUCUUUAUCGAAAAAUGUUUGGUGGUCCUUUAGCAAGAUGCCUCAGGCCUUCUCAAACCGAGUACGUGAUGAGGGAAAUACACGAGGGACAUUGUGAAAAUCAUGCUGGAGGAAGAUCUUUGGUAAAAACCAUGAUUAGAGUCGGCUAUUAUUGGUCAAAAAUUGAAGAAGAUGCCGAAAAUGUUGUGGCAAAAUGUGACAAGUGCCAAAGAUAUGGUAACAACAUUCAUCGACCAGCUGAAUUAUUACAUUCGAUCGUUGCACCAUGGCCUUUUAUGAAGUGGGGGAUGGAUAUCUUACGAGAAAAAGAGGUCAGAGACUUCAUAUGGCAGAACAUCAUAUGCCGAUUCGGGGUACCAAAGGAAAUCGUAUAUGAUAACGGCCUGCAAUUUAUAGGUGCACAAAUCACAGAAUUUUUCCAAAGUUUGCGAAUUAAAAGGAUUACUUCAACUCCUUACCAUCUGGUGGGUAAUGGACAAGCUGAAUCAACAAAUAAAGUCAUUAUCAAGAACUUGAAUAGACUGAAAGAAUCUAAAGGCAAUUGGCCAGAGAUAGGGGAACUAAGUACGAGAUAUAUUCAAGCUACUGAAGAAUCAAAUGAAGAAGAGAUGCAGGUAAACCUGGAUUUGCUUGAAGAAAGAAUGGAGAAUGCACUAAUAAGGAUGGUAGCACAAAAACAAGUUAUUGAGUGGUAUUACAAUCGGAAAGCUCGCCUCAGAUACUUUAAGAUUGGGGACUACAUACUCAAGAAAGUUUUCCAAUCCACGAGGGAAGCCAACGCAGGAAAGUUAAGUCCAACUUGGGAAGGGCCUUAUAAGGUGCAUGGUAUCACAGGAAAAGGAGCAUAUGAGCUUGAAACUUUGGAUGACAAGAUUCUACCUUCAAAUUGCAAUGAUGUUCAUCUAAAGAGAUACUACUUCUAA